AUGCUGCCAACACUUUCAAGUUGGAAUCCAGAUCAUAUGACAGCGCGAACGUUCGAACUUGCUACGUUGGUUGGUCCAUUCUGCAGACUGUCUACUUUUCCCGAGGAGGUAAGGGUAACAGAAGCCUACUUUACGAACCCUCAGAAACGAUCACAAGCAGAUAUCGAUUCGGCGAUUAAUAGCUUGAGGGGAACGAUACAAGGAAUCCAGAAAACUCUUUACCGUAUAUUUCGCAAUAUCGUUCAUGCAUCCCCGGCUGCGCGUGGAGAAGUUCUAAAUUACUUUGCAACUGCAAUUCGUUUAAAUGAAAAAAGGGCACAAAUGGCGGUGGAUCCUUCGACUGUGGGAACGGACGGCUUUUUGACAAAUUUAGUUACAAUACUACUUAAGCUCUCUGAACCUUUCAUGGACGCAGAAUAUUCAAAGAUUGACAGAAUCGACCCGGAAUACUUCCGUAAGUCUAACAGAAUAAAUAUAAGCCAAGAAACGAAGAUAAAGGCAACCCAGCAGGAAGCAGAGGCUUACUAUAAACACCCCCCCACAGACGCCCAAGCACCUAAUUUUAUUUCCGAGAUAUUUUUUUUGAACAUUGCUAUGCAUCAUUACGGACUAUUACGUACAUUUGCAAAUUAUAACAAUUUCAUAAAGGAUCUUAGUGAUAUUCAAAAGCAGAUUGAAAGAUUGAAGGAAGGGCGACCUCAAUGGUCUGGGACACCACUUGCAAUGGUUAACGAAAAUUUGUUAAAACUCCGUGAGACAGAAUUUGAAAAAAUGCUUUCGCAGAAACUUGCCUUUGAUUGUCAAUUGAUGGAUCCAUCUCUACUCACUCAUUCGCUACGAUUUUAUAAUCUGGUUAUGACAUGGAUACUCAGGAUGGUUGACCCCGAACGAAAGUAUCCAAAGGAGCAAAUACGGCUACCUCUACCAGAAAAUCCACCUGAAGCAUUUGUCAUGUUGCCGGAAUACUUUAUUGAAGACAUCACCGAAUACUUUUUAUUUAUUGCAAAAUAUGCUCCUCACAUCAUAGUACAAAACUCGUCUAGAGAAUUAAUAGACUUUAUUAUUGUAUUCUUAAAGUCAUCAUCCUACGUAAAAAAUCCAUACUUGAAGGCAAGAUUAGUAGAGAUUCUUUUUUAUUUCACAUUACCUUUCAGAGGAUAUCCUAAUGGCGGUUUAGGCAAUCAGCUCAAUCAAUAUCAAAUGUCUUUGGAAUAUUUGAUGACCGCCUUAAUGUCAUUCUAUGUUGAGGUAGAACAGACUGGCGCCCAUACACAGUUCUACGAUAAGUUCAAUAUCAGAUACAACAUAUCACAAGUAUUCAAGUGCAUUCGCGUUCAUCAUACACACAGGGAUAAGCUUAAAGAAGAGUCUCGGAAUAAUAUGGAUUCAUUCGUUCGAUUUGCAAAUCUUCUUAUGAAUGAUGCAACAUUUCUGUUGGACGAAAGCUUGACAAAACUUGCAGAAAUUUACAACAUUCAAACAGAAAUGGACAAAGAAGAAUGGAAAUCAAAACCACAGCAAUACCGACAAGAGCGCGAAUCCCUUUUACAAUCCUUAGAACGCCAAGUGACUUCGUACUUAACCCUUGGUGAUGAAACUGUCGGCAUGCUGCAAUACAUGUCGGCUGAAGUAGCCGAGCCCUUCUUAACACCUCAGAUUGUCGACCGUCUAGCUGCUAUGUUGGACUACAAUCUGGUUACCUUGGUGGGGCCAAAGUGUACCGAAUUGAGAGUAAAAGAACCGGAGAAGUAUCGCUUCUCUCGAGAUGGAUUAUUGAAGCAGAUAAUAGAUAUAUUUUUGAAUUUAUGUAAUCACAAGGAAUUUAUUCAAGCGGUAUCACGUGAUGGAAGAAGUUAUUCGAGAGAAAUAUUUCUUGAAGCAAAUAACAGAAUGAGAGAUUUAAAGACUCAAUCAGAGACAAAUAUCAGAAAGUUUUCUAUAUUUGUGAAUAAGGUUGAAGAAGCAUUUAAGAGAGAUGCAGAGGGAGAAGAGGAAUUGGGUGAAAUUCCUGAAGAAUUCUUGGAUCCUGUUAUGUACGACAUAAUGGAAGAUCCGGUAAUUUUACCGACUUCCAGAACGAUCGUUGAUCGCAGCACAAUCGCUACGCAUCUUCUUAGUGAUUCUAAGGAUCCAUUUAACCGCAAGCCUCUAAAAAUCGAAGAUGUUAUACCGGCUACUGAGCUUAAAGAGCGCAUCGAAGCUUUCAAAGCAGAAAAGAGAAAGAAAUCGUCGGAUCCACCAGUGACUCCAUAUAGAAUUUAG